GAAGAAGCUGUGGUGGUGCUAUAAAAGCUCGGUGUGUGGCCUGCCCUCUGCAAUUUCAGGGGGGAGCAUUUCCGAGUCCACUUUUUGUGACGACACUUUGUCACUUUGUCACUUAUACCACAACACACACUCCCUUUUUUUGGACCUGACGGUUCUUCGCACCUUGACAAUUUACGCUCGGGUUUUUUUUCUUGUUUUUUUUUUAACCAAAGACAAACUCUGGUUCAAAUGGCUUCUAAGGCGAGCUCGAAUUUGCCGUCGCCUCCUGGGGAGACUGCCAAUGGCGGUAACAGGAGGUUGGGGAUCACGGUAUUUUCGGGAGGCACCGCAGCCAACAAUCUAGUCGACCUCUUCAACAGAAUCGCCCGCCCAUCAUCCUCUUCCGGCACCCAGACCCCCACCUCCUCAUCCGCCAGUAAGACUGGCUCCUCUGACGAAGUCAGCCGACAACGCCAGCUAAACUACAUCAUCCCCAUCUCCGACAACGGCGGCUCAUCCUCCGAACUCAUCCGUUUUGUGGGAGGCCCCUCCGUAGGCGACAUCCGCUCCCGCCUCGUCCGUCUCAUCCCCACCACCCCCUCCAACCUCUCCUCCUCCUCCAGAGAAACCUCCUCCCUCCGCAACCUGUUUGAACACCGCCUCUCGCCCGACCCCAUCGCCGCGAGGGGUCAAUGGGCCGAUAUCGUCGAGAGCCGCUCCCUACUAUGGGCUUACAUCCCCAACGAGAAAAAGGAGCUCAUCCGUUCCGUGUUGAAUAUCCUGAAUGCAGAAAUCGUCAAGCGGGCAAGACCGCCGAAUGUGUUCAACUUUGCCGGGGCGUCGGUGGGGAACAUGUUCCUCACGGGAGCGAGGCUCUUGACGGGGAGUUUUGAGGCGGGGAUUUACCUGCUGAGGAUGAUAUGUGAGAUUGGGGGGUGGGUGAGGGUGCUGCCGGCGGUGAACUCGAAUCAUACGCAUCAUAUCAGUGCUGGGUGGGUUAACGGGGAGACGGGGGAGAGGGGGGUGUUGACCGGGCAGGUGGCUAUUAGUCACCCUAGUGAGCCGACUAGCAUUCCUGAUGAGGGGUUGCCACCGCAUCAUAUGGGAGGAGGAGGGGGGAUGGGGAGGUUGUUGGAGGUUGAUGAUGAUGAGGGGAAUAUGCCGGGGAGUUUGCCUGUUUUGCGGAGGCAGAAUUUGAAGUUUAGCAAGGAAGAGGAGGAGGAUUUACCGGGGGGACAGGGGACGAGGAUCGAGAGGGUUUGGUAUAUCAAUUUGUAUGGGCAUGAGAUUAUGCCAAAGGCUAACCCGGAGGUGGUGAGGGAGCUGAGUGAGGGGACCGAGGUGGUGGUGUAUAGUGUGGGGAGUUUGUACACGAGCAUUGUGCCGAGUUUGAUAUUGAGGGAGGUGGGGGAGGCGAUUGAGAAAGUUGGGGGGAUUAGGAAGAAGGUGUUGAUUUUGAAUAGCAAGUUGGACAGGGAGACGAGGGGGAUGGAUGCGAGUGGGUUUAUCAAGGCGAUUUGGAGGGCUUGUGUGGAGAGUCGGAGGCCGGAGGAUGUGGAAUUGUUGGAGUGGAGGAGGGUGGUGACGCAUUUGGUGUUUAUUGAUCCGGAGAUGGUGGAGGAGAGGGAGAUGAGGAAGGAUAUGCCACGGGUUGAUGUGGAAUUUUUGGAAAAGCUGGGGAUUCACUGUGCUCCGGUUCAGGGGAGGGCAGUGGGAGAGGGUAAGGCGAGGAUGAUGAGGUAUGAUGAGGAGGAGUUGAGAGAGACGUUGGAGAGGGUUAUCGAUAUGUGAGCUGUGAAAGAGGCCUCACAAUGGGCAAGUAUUUUCUCAAGCGGUUAUCUCUUUUGGAGGCACAACAGCCUGGAACGUGUACAGCGGUGCUUCUUCAUGGAAUAGAUUGGAGCGUUGAUGUUGUACAAAGGUGGUCUGAGAUACAUAUAUACAUAUAAAUUAACGCAAACUACUCUGGCCAGGUCGUGUUGGUCUCGGAAAGUUACCUGAUUGUGAUCGCGGUAGAUGUGCAUGCAGAAACGCCCAGGCUUGUCCUCCGCCUUGCUUUUACGUGGUAGGGGAAGGCCUCGUGGCAUACCGCCAGGCCUUGACCGAGUCGGCAUCGAAUCAAAUCCAGAUGACUAAAACGCCUGAGAGGGGCAACACAGCAUCUGCGCCUCUGGCUAGCUGUUCAUGUUGCGGCAACCCAAAUAAAACACGAAUAAAUAACAGGAUCUGGAAUUUCAGAACACCGAGAUCGGAACAUUCUUCCCUGAAUGAUGUUCACUCGGUGGGAAAUCAGUUUCGGCUGGUAUAUAUCAGCCUCCUGUUUCUACCUCUAACAGCACUUGAGAAUGGGAAAUGGAAAUCUUUUCACAAACAAAACAGCCUCGGCCUACGAGAGGAGAUACGAAUAGCCAGACCGUCCGGUGGAUGCCCCGCCGUCUGGAAGCGAGUUUCGGGUC